CCGCUUUUUCGCGCACGCGGUUGCCAUGCCACAAUUAUUCUAGUCUACUCAGUAAAAUUUUUUUGUUUUUUUUAAAUGUAGUAUGAGUUACUAAUUGUCUAAUUUAGCGUGUAUUAAGUUAUAACUUCUGAUUAGUGAAUUAUUUUAUGUGAUCAAAGAUUAGUUAUAUCUUUAUACAGUUAGUGAUUAUUUUUGGAUGUACUUUUGAAAUUAUUGUGUAAAAAAAUUUUAUUAAAAUGCUCAAGUGGACAGUAUCCAGAUCAAUGUCAACCGCAAGUUCGGCGUCCCACGGUCCACCUACAAUACACAAGACCACUCGCCGGCCUUUUUGCGACCUCUCAAACACACCACCUGCUAGUGGCACAAGAUCAAGAGUCACACCACAAACAAACAUUGAGAUAGAUCAUAAUGCCACAGGUAGAUCAACUCCAGGACGUCGAAGACGCUGUAGAAGUCACGGAAGUGAUGUUCGUGCCUACUUUCAGGCUACAAAGCCAAAUACAAGGCCAAACAAACGUCAAUCAAUCGCAAAUGAAACCUUGGAAUUGCCAAAGACGGAAAGCUCUUACCAAAGGACACCUCGAAUAGACACUGAUAUUGGUCCUUUGACAUAUAUUCCUGAAAAUUAUCAUAUUUCUAAAUGUCCUAUAGCUCUUACUCUACCAACAGACCCUACAUCAUUGUCUCGUGCUUAUUCAAAGACUUUUAAUCAUGUCAAUAAUAACGAACUACCUCAAAAUGUAAUGAAUGAAGCACGUGUAAAUCUUCAGUCACAUGUAUCUGAUUUUUUCCAACAAAUAUCUCUUGCAGGAAGUCCUGAAGAUGUUAUGGAAGCUGAUUCUGUACCUUUAUCAAAGUCUAGACUAUUUUUUAAAAAUAAUGAUAGAACUAAAUCUAGCCCUAAUGAUAAUUGUAAAUCAAUUUAUUAUCCAAAAUUAACAAAAAUAAGUAAAUUACAUGCAAGAUGUACAACACCGUAUCAUACUAAAGUACCUCCAUUUAAAUUAAAAGAAACUCCUCUUGCUAAAGAACUAGCAGAUUUAAAAAUAAAUCAGGAUAUUCCUAAAUUUGAAAAUAUGAAUAAUACAGUUACGGAAAUAAUAAAUGAACAACAACAAACAAAUGUUUGUAAUAAUAAAAUCGAUGAAAAAAUAAAUAUUAUAGAUUCUGAUAAAGAAAAAAACAAGUCUGAGACAAAUAGUGAUACAAUAAAAUCAAAUGUAAAUGAUGAUAAAAAUAAUGUAGAUAAUAAUUAUGAAUCAGUAGAAGAAAAAAUGAUUUAUGAUGAGGGUAAAGCUAAGCACAAUGACAGUUCGGUAUCUUCAGCUAGUCAACUAUUGGAAAAUCCUUCACCGAUAUCUUGGGCAUUUCGGUCUCCUUCGAUUGAUUCCGAUGGAGAAUUUACUCUUAAACGACAACGAGGAAUUAGAAGAAAACGUCAACAAAAAAAUCAGGGUACAAAUAAAAAUUCAGCUAGUAAAAGAGCAAAAACACGAUCUCAGAGUAUUAGUCCAGAGACAAAAAAAAAAAUUUUAGAAACACAAGAACCUCCAGUUGAGGCUGUGAAUCUUCAUGUUAAAAAGUUACCCCUUGAGACAGACUUGGACUCAACAUUUGGUGAAAAAACUGACACUAAAGCAUUAAAUCAAUGUCAAAAAAAUGAUGAAACCAAGACAAAUUUGUGGGAUCUAGAUAGUCCGAAAUCGUCUUUGAUUGAUGAUUUUCCAAGCUCUAAAAGCUCAUUUGUUCAUUCUGUCAAUGAAACGCCUGAAGCACCGCUAAUUGCCACUGUCAGACGAUGUCUCAAGUACAGUCCUGAAGUAGAAAUACCAAAAUCUAACUCCAGAUCGUCUAUUGAACUAGAGUAUAAUAUCAUCGGAGAUUGUAUUCAUGUUCGAGUAAUCCGUUGUAAGGAUUUAAAACGUUCAUACGAAGGAUCAAUCCACGCCUACGUAAAGGUGAGCUUAAAAAAUACAAAUGGUGAAGGUGUAGUAAAAAGAACAGCAGUACAUCGUGCAACACCAAAUCCAGUAUUUCACGAAACAUUAAUUCUACCUUAUCCAACUCACAACAACUGUACAAAUAGAUCUACGUCCCUUGAUAUCGCCGUUUGGCAUCGAGAUCGACGUGCAAGACGCAGUGAGCUCCUGGGCUGCAUGACUCUACCCCUACCUUUGGCACAGGAUAAGGAAGCGACAUGGCAUCCUCUACAAGUGGGAUCUGCUCGAAAAACAAGCACACCGUAUGCAAAAUUACCCCAAGAAUGUACAGUAUCACCACCUCUAUCAAAAGACGGGGAUCACGCAGACAACAAUUCCAAUGCAGAUGAUUUUACAUAUCUUAGACACUUGGAAUUAGAGCCUUUAGAUGAAUUAACAGGAUUACCGCUCCAUCCUGGAUUCACAGCCAGAGGUGGUAGAACACCUUGUACAAUAACUCGACGUUUAAUUCGACAAAGCGGCGCCAAACAGAUUCCGUGGGGUUUCUCGUUAUCUUGGGGUCGUCCUCCUCGAGUGGAACGCGUGGAUCCAGGAAGCCCAGCUGAACGAUCAGGUUUGAAGCCUGGUGAUCACGUUGUCUUUGUAGACACAACAAAUGUAGUCACGCGAGCUCGCGAAGACAUACUCAACUUAAUUCAAGCAGCUACAAAUCAACUUAUUCUUGAAAUUUACCGCAAGUCAGGUGCACAUGCUAACACGCAACGACCUAGUCUGGUGAACGUAACGUUACAACCUGCGCUAGAUCAUCCCAACGGCCAGGGAGCGAUCGCCUUCACCGCUGAGGUAUUUCCACAUAUUUCACCUGAUGCCCCUCCGGAGGAGGAACUUAUCGUUCGAGAAACUCGAUACUGGGGAGCUUUAAAAAGCGGUAUAUCUCGUUUUUAUACACCAUUAGCAGAACAUCGGGAAAUAUUGUCAGCUACAGAUCACGCAAUUCUAUUUCAAAAUCUCGAGGAAUUAUUAAAAUUGUCAGAAGAGAUAAGAGAUGAGGGUGGUGGCGUAGAAAGUUAUUUAACUCGAAUACCACGAAUCACUGCAAGUUAUCGUAGAUAUUUGAGUGGUCUUCAAAGAGCUUGUUGUCUGCUAGUGGCAUUAAGGAGGAAUUCAGUAUUUACUAAGCUGGUAUGUGAACCAGCUGUUCCUCAUAAACGACGUCCUGAUAUAACUGGAGUUUUAUUACUCCCAUUGGAGCACUACAGAGAAAUGACAAGACUACUCGGCCUUGCUUCACCAAGGAAUUGUCAGAAAGCUAGAGAUCUUGCUCAAGGUUAUCGAGAGGCCACUGCCAAUGCUGGAGUCAUGGAACCUCCUAGGGAUACUGGAAGGCCUUUAUUAAGUCUACAAGAAGUUGAAUCCCGAUUAGUCUUUGCUAGAUGCAGACCCUUCACUCUUGCAAUGCCCGGCAGACAAUGGUUAUUUGGUGGAGCAUUGGCAAAAGUUGAAGGUCGUCGACUUCAACCAUCAUGGGCACUUUUGUUGACUGAUUUACUGGUAUUUGCACGUGUAUCACGUGAUCGUGUUCUUUUUGUGACGGAAGAGCCACUUCGGUUAUCAAGUAUCGCUGAAGCAUGUUUUACUGUACGUAAACGACCAACUGAAUUUCGUUUACAAGUAUCCAUUACACCAAAUGGUAGCUAUCAAAAUGGGAAUAUGGAAACAAUUCACAGUGGUGGUUGUAGUCCCCAUAGUCGACCACGAAGACGUAUUCUUAUUUUACGUGCACCUACUCCUGAGCUCAAAGCUGUUUGGCAUAAUCUUCUACAACGUCAAAUCAUCUAUGUGAAUACAGGCUGCACGGAUACACCGAGUAUGCACAGUCCUGAAGAAAGUCAAUAUACUGGUAAUCAUUUCACCAUUGCUUGUGAUCCCGGUGCUAGUCCCCAGAUUACAAUUUCAAGAAACUCUCGCGAGCCUGAGGAGGAUAAACUUCAAGAUGAUCAAAAUAAUUUAGAGUCAAUUAUAAAACCAAUUAAUAAUUCAAGUCAAGACAAUAUUCAUUUAGCUCAAUGGGUUCGUAACUCUCAUCAAAUACCGCCACCAGAUUAUGAAGUCCCACCAGAAGAAUGGACAGUUGAAGAAUUGGCUGCUCGAGCACCUAAAGAAUCAACGAGUGUUCAAGUUCACGAACAAGGAAUCGAAGAUAAUGUUGCUGCUAAUUCAGAUCAAGAACAACACAGUACUACUUCGAGUGCCAGUUUAUCGACAGUUAAAUCCACUAGCGUUAAUCCUAAAAAGAAUGGCAACGUUUUUAAAGAUGCACCAUCUGGAUCUAUCAACAUCUGCCGAAGGUGCCACAGGUCUGGAUGUCCAACUCCGCCACCUCCGAGGGAUCCUUUUUCGCCUCUUCCACCAAGAAUAUCUGUUCUUCCACCAACGCCCGAUCUAUGUCCGAAUUAUAAAUUAAAAAAUGGACCUCAAGAUAGUCCAAGUAAAAACUGUAUUCCAGUUGAUGAAAAUGAAAACACUGAAGAUGGCAGUGAAGAUGAUUUAGACUGCGAUGAUGAGCCACCUUACAGAGCACUUAGAAGAUUUGGUACAAUGAGCAGCUUAGAUCAAGAAGAUGAAUUAGAUGAACAAGCCGAUGAUGAAAAUCGUGAUUUAGAGUCACCACCAACAGGUUUACGGUCUUGGACAGCGAGAGCUAGUGAUUUUGUCGUUAGUAAAAUGGUUUUUUUAGAGCAAUUGAGUGAAGGAGUUGGUAGUUAUCUACUUCAACCUCCCGUACCUCCCGAAAGAACGGAAUUUUCAUUAGAUCCUAAUGAUGAUGAAGGCACAACUUCCGGUGGGACAUCUGGUGAUGACAUAUGGGGGACUCCAACUUCAGGUGGACCAGAUGAUGACAGUUUUACCGCAAGCCCCCCGUCUGUCAAUGGCGUCACUGGCGAGGACAAUUUUGGGCUCACUUUAAAUACUGAUGAUGAUGCAGACGAGAGUGGUGACUCAGAAGACUGCAAUGUGCCUGAAAUCAGUAUGGAUCAACUGCUGGGUAGCAGUAAUUUUUCAUCUCUUCGUUGUUUUCUUAAUCGUAGACGACUGGAACCACUUCCUGAAGAAGAUGAUUCAUCUGGGAAUGACAAGAAUCAAGUUGGAUGGUGGUGACAGAGGUUGCAGUCCGCGAGUAUGAGUAGCGGCGAUGAUGAAACUAAAAAUAGAGAUCGAAUAUUCGCUAAAUUGAGCCAAGAAGACGAUGAAUUUCGUAAAAAAAUUUUGGAUCUCCAUAAAAAACUUUUGGAUGUUGAUGGAGAUUCUGUUAAUAAUAUACCGGUAAAGAAAUCUGAAAAACGAGUAACAUUAGUGGAAACAGCACCUCCGAAACCACUAGAUGCAGGGAGAAUUUUGAAACCAGCAUUAAAAAAUUCAAUUGUUAAUUCUAGUGAUGAAGCUGAAAGUAUUUCUAGGAUGCUUGAUAGAAGACGAUUGAAAAGAAUGGAUCUUGAUCACGAGAGGAAAAAACAUUUAGAACAACUGAGAAGACGAUCAGAAAGAAUCGAUGAAGUUUCUGAGGAUGAUGAAGACGAACAAAUAACAGUAAGACCUAAUGAAACAACUUUUCUCAAUCGUUUAAGGAUUCGCAGACGUAGCAUUAAGUUGUUAAGUUUUUUAAGUGGUAAAUCUGCAGAUAAAUCUCACGAGGAACGAGCAUCCAGAUUAUUGAAAAUGUACAUGCCUGAAAAAUGUACCAAAGGACAAAAUACUAUUUCCAUUCAUCAUCAUACGUCCAGAAGUAGAAGAUUUUGGAAACUCCGUAGUCGCAGAAAGAAUUAUCCUUAAAAUAUUAUUUUUUAAAUUUUCAAUUAUAACAUUAAAUUAAAAAAAAAUGACAAAUACAAAAGUAUAUUUCAAUUUAAUAAAUUACGUCCAAUAAACGAAAAUUAAAGUUUGGAUAAUGUUCAUCAAUUACACGUCCAAUCAUGAGAGUUUAUAAAAUACGUCUUUCAAUUAUUUAUCGAGGACUUCCAAACAAUUUAUUUAUUAACACACAUUGCCGAAAGUUAACUCGAGGAAUUAUGUACAAUUUAUUAUUUACGUUUUUUAAUAAACCUAGUGCUUUAGGUGCAACUGUAAAUGUAGAAUUAAUAAAAAUGAAGAAAACACAAUUAGGAAAUAAAAGUAAAUAAAUAAAUUAUUAGAAAUGUUUUCUUCAAACAAUUAAUGAUCGCCUUUGCAUUUAUUAUAAAAUUUCUAUAUUAUGCAAAUUAUAAAAAAGUAAAAGUAUAAAAAAAAUAAUAAAAGAUCGCAGAAACGGCCUAUGCAAUAUUAACAUUUAAACGUAAGUAAUCCUCGAGUAAAGAAUACGGCCUAGGUAUAACUUUAUACCUAAUUAUUAUAAUUAUUUACUAUGGUUAUCAAAGUUUAUACUUAAUAUUUGGUAAUAAUAAUUGAAUAAAAUUAAUAAAAAUAAGAUUUCCUCCAUGAGCUCGUUAUAUUGUUUAAAAUCAAUUGAAGAGUUUCUAUAAAAACUUAUUAUUCUUCUUUAACGUAUGAACAGAAAAUAGGUCCGCACGACUGACCCAACGCGGCACUCACUAUCUUCCACUUGAAUAAUAGAUUUAAUUAAUUGUAACUAAGAAUAAAUAAAUUAAAAAAAAAAGUUACUGUUGGUAGAUUGUAAAACUUAGUCUUUAAAGACUAAAAUGCAAAUAAAUUAUACUAUUUGUUGAAAUGGGACUUUUACUAUCUUUAUUUACGUAUUUAUUUUUGCAAUCCUUUAUUAUUUUUAUAUCUUUUACACACCUCGAACACGAAGCGGAGAGGAAGUGCUCUAUUAUCAGCAAAUUUGUAAAUUUUAUUGCGUGAAAAAUAUAAAUCAAUUUUCUUAGGAUAUAUUAUCAUAUAUUGCAACUAGAAUUUUUUUUAUUUAAUUUAGUUAAAUCAUUGCCUAAAAAUUUCCUUCAAAUUUAGAAGCAGCUACUUGAAGUUAUUUACAAGUUCAAAUCGGUAUCGCGCGUUUUGAUCCUCAGACAAAAUAUCCCCCGGACAAAAUAUCCUCAGACAAAAAGUAAAGUACAAAUAGUGGUAUAAUAAGUUAUGUAAAUGACUUUUUAAUUGACAUAAAACCGGAAAAACAAAAUAAAUUUUCUCUGUUUCUGGAACCAACAUUUGCAUGUCGUAUUUAUACCAAAAAAAGUGAUACUUAGAGGCAAAAAAGAAUUUGCCUUAUCCUUUUAAAAGACAUCUGAAAGUUGUCUCUGUGCUACUUGGGAUAGCUGAUAUUUUGCAAUAUUUCCAGUUUGUGGCCACACUAAUUGGAUCAAUUAAGCAAUAACGUCGUCACCAACAUUUUCAAAAAAAUCGAAUUAUUAUGAUGAAAAUACGUACGUAAUAAAUGAUGCUAUAGUAUAUUAUAUUCAAUUUUCCUGCUACGAAAGCUCUUUAUGCAAAAACGAAUGAACUGUUUUUACAAUCAGUUAUUUAUAUUUUUUCAUACUUUGAUACUCCGUACUUCUUCCUUUUAGAAAAUACCAAUAAAUGGAAAAAAAAAUUUAGAAAUAUUCAAGUCAAUUGACGUGGCAGAAGAAAUUGAUUAAUAAAAAACAAAAUUAGCUAAAAUAUUGAUUUUUUAUUUUUGUUGAUUACGCCAUUAUUGCAUAAUUCCAUUUAAUGGAGCCUCAGAUUUUCCUAAGAUUGAAAAUACACUCUUGUAUAAGAUUGAAGAUACAAAUUUAUAUAAGACCGGUAAGAAUACUACUAAAAAAUACUCAGUUUUUGGGAAUAAUUCUCUAGAUUUAUGCUUUUGAUCCCUAAUAAAUCAAAUAUAAAUUACAAAUUCAAAACUAUUCGAUAAAAAAUUCACUAGG